AUGGGCCUGGGAAAGACCCGACAGAUUGCCACCUUCAUUGCUGGACUGUUGGAGGCCAAGCUUGCUUCGCAAUUUUUACUCGUGGUCCCCGGUACACUGUUGCCUCAAUGGAAACUGGAAUUCUCGUCUGUCGGCAUCAGCCACUGCAAAGAGUUCACGUCAUCUAUUUCCGUGCGGGAGAGGCCAGUUUUCCUGGAAUCGUUUCUGGAGAGAGGCGGCGUUAUGCUCACAACCUACGAGAUGGUCCAAAAUAUUCCGCCACAAUGUCUGACUUGGGACUACCUGAUCCUUGACGAGGGUCAUCUUGCCAAGAACCCAAGCACGAAGCGUUUCCAAGUGCUGAAAGCAUUAAGAUUUCACCACUGCCUCAUUAUGACGGGAACUCCCAUCCAAAAUGAGCUCAAGGAGUUGUGGGCGCUUUUUGAUUUGUGCUGCUGUGGCUUACUGGGAGAUUACAAAGAGUUUCGAGCCCAGUACGAAAAGCGCAUCCUGGAUGGUAGCCAGUCCAACUCAUCGGGACACCAGAAGCGAUGUGCGAAUGAAGCCAGUGCUGCUCUUCGUGAGAAGAUCAGACCAUACUUUUUGAGGCGCAUGAAGAAGGAAAUAUUUCCAAGCCUUCUUGCAGAGGAGAACCCAUCCGCUAGGCGUCAUGGUUCUGCUCUUCCCAGGCUGCCACAGAAGCAUGACCUGAUUGUCUGGUUGAAGCUCACGAACCGUCAGAUUCAUAUGUACGAGACCUUUCUAAUGUCAGACGCUGUCCGAAACGUUCUGAACAAGACCUCGUCGCCAUUGAAUGCGAUCACUGUGCUGAAGAAGAUAUGUGAUCAUCCUUGCCUUCUCUCGGAGGCUGCUCUGGAAGAAGUAAAGGAAAGCAUCGAGCGUGAAAGCUCUCAGAAUGGAGAGGCUAUUUCUGCCGCUGUGCAACAGUUCCUUGACGAUCCAAGCAUCAUGGCUGACCCUGGUGCCUCGUGCAAGAUUAGGAUGUUCAAAGAGCUUGUUGUCUCACUGGUCAAUGACGGACAUCGAGUUCUAGUCUUCUCGCAGACAAAGAUAUUGCUGAACAUGGCGGAGAGUACCAUGCGUAAGCUGCGCAUUGGUUAUGUCCGGAUUGAUGGCGAUACGAAGCCUGACAUGCGAGAACGUCGGGUUCAGGAGUUCCAACUUGGAGAAAUUCCUGUCUUCAUGCUGACCACGAAGGUUGGUGGCCUGGGACUCACACUUCAUGCUGCUGAUUGUGUGAUCAUCAUGGACCCCGCUUGGAAUCCGAGCGUGGACAAUCAAAGUGUUGACCGAGCCUAUCGUCUUGGCCAAGCAAGGGAUGUGGUGGUGUAUCGCCUCAUUACUGCCGGAACCGUGGAGGAGAAAAUCUACCGAAAGCAGGUGUUUAAGGAUGGGCUUAUGCGGUCAGCAACAUCUGACAAAAACAAUCUUCGGUACUUCACUAACUCUGAACUGGCAGACAUGUUUAAAAUGCCAGAUAACGGCUUUGGCUUCUCAGAAACCCAGCAAAGGAUGGAGGAUCUUCACAGGGAUCAGAUAAAAUUGAAAAAGGACAUGGUUCAUCAUUUGGACUUCAUAAAGAAGCAGAAAGUUGUUGUUGGUAUUUCUCACCAUGACCUCUUGUUCUCAACGGAGGAGCCAGAACUGCUGGCAGGGAGCCCCACUCUCCCGGAAGCAACAGCUAUUCAGAGGCGUCCUUCAGGGGGCAACUCUGCCGCACGGGGCUCCAGACAGCAUGUCGCACCUGGUGGAGGUCAAUGGAGGGGCGGAACAGGACAUGCCCCUGGGGGGGUUCUGGCUGCAGCAGGUGUGGUUGUUCCAGACAGCUACCAGGUGAACCGAGAGGCUGAGCAGCAUCGCAUGGCCCAAGCUCAUGUGGUUAACCUGUCUGAGAAGCUUGCAAGGCUGAAGAAGAUGCUCGACAACCCGAAUAUUACCCUGAAGGAUGGUGGCGAGAACUUGCGGAGGCACGCUGAAGAAUUGACUGAAGAGCUGGAAAGGGCUAAGGCACAUGCAGACAAGCUGAAGCUGAAGCACAUGAGCGUGGUGGAUGAGAGUCAAGCUGUAUUAGCAGUUGGUGCUGAAGGUGGCAAGGAUCAGUUUGCGUCAGAGCUUUCAAGUUUGGGAUUGCAAGGCUGA